GUGACCUUCCUCGAGAGGAGCAGUAUUGAAGCAAUAAUCCGAUGAUAGCACACCCGUUCCCUGCACUAGCCUUAGAAAUGAACAGCAAUUUAGCCGGAGAUGAAGUUGGGUAAGAUGUGAUCUCAACCUAAUUAAUGAGAAUUAGUUAAAUAAGUAUACACUCCUUUGCAUUUUAACUUCAAUCAAUGAAUUACUGUGAUAGAUCUCACCCGCAUCACCACUUUUACUCAGCUAGCAUUUUGAUAUGUAUAACUAACGUUACUGGUAACUGACGUCAGCUAGCUAGUUUGAACGUUAGUUGACUUUAGCCUAGCUAGCUAAUAAUAAUUUGGAAACAUGCAUGACAUUGGUUUAGGUAACUAGAUAGCUAGUCAAAAGUAAUGUUUAAAUGGUGUCAUUGAAUAAUUAAUUGAAAUACUCAAAUAUUCAGCUAGUUAGUUAGCUAGCUAGAUAAAUAGAAACCGAAACGAGUUGGCUCGCUAGCGUUAGCAGCUAACGUUAACAUUAGCUAGUUAACGUUACAAUGUUAGCGGCUAACUAGCAGCUAGCUAGCAAAGUGGUGAAGUAAAAAUAUCCGCACGGGUAACGCGUUACCAUCAGGAGUCGACACUUUACUAUCUUCGUGUUGUAAAGUAGCCAAUUUAUUUUAUUUUGAGUGUGUUGGUACAAGUUUGAUUGAAGUCGACAGAAUAUAACGUUGGUUAACAGUACAGGCUCCAAAAAAAAUUACCAGAAUCUAGCUAACUUUUUCAGUUGUUGCUGGUGAGAGCUUUAUUGCUCUGUUACUCUUGAACUUGAGAGAGGACUGACUCUUCAGGGCAUAAGAUUGAGAGCAUUGUAAUAAUAAUGGUUUGAUCCAUCAACAUUAUCCAUAUCAAAAUAUAGUUGAGGCAAUGGUAUCUUGCCUAGUUUUAACUGGCAGCAUUUAGCUAGCUGAAGAGUAACUAAUGUCAAAUUUGUGGCUAGUUAGUGAACGCUCUUUCAAGUUCUAUGCAUAAUGUAUUUUAGCUAGCUAACGUUAACUAGCAGACGUUAGUUAGUAAACGUUAGUAGUUAAGCUAAAGUUAGCUGAUAUCUUCGCUUGCCUGGGUUAUGUUAGCCUGUAUACGUGGCAUAAGGAUGCAAAACAAGACCUGAAGUGGUGUCGGUGCGAAACAAGUCACCCUUAUUCCAGUAUUUGAAUAGAAAACAAGGUUUGUUGAUAUGCAUCAUCAGCAGCUUACAAAAACAUACCCGCAGUAAAACAACUUCAUCUAUUGUGAGGUUACAUUACAAUUAUAUGUGGCACAGUCAGUUUUCACAUGUUAACGCAUCAGAACCAUUUGAGAAUGUGUUAUUGUGUCCAAGGAAUGAUGGACCAUCUCAGGUGUUGCUUAAAGCCAAAGGAAUGCUUAUUUUUCUCAUUUUAUAGGAAACUGUUUGUUGGUGGCUUGGACUGGAGUACAACACAGGGUGAGUCAGCUGUCUACAUACCAACCAGUCAAUAUUAGGCGUAUUGCAGUGCACAUACUGUUGUGCUUGAAGGUGUCUGCAUGAAAAUGUUAUUCUGGAGUACCAAAGGGUGGCAUGUUAUUGUUUAUUGUAAUUUAAGUAUACAUGCAGGCUUUUCUCAGUUGCUCAGAUCUUUUCUCAGUUGCUCAGAUCUGAGUUUGUCUGUAGCUACAGGCAUUCAGAGUCCUUCUCUGUUUCAUGCUUGAUUGGGCAGUGUGUGUCUUUGCACCGCACUCUUCACUCUGACAGUGUUUUCUGAAGUUAUGAGCACUAGCCACAGUACUAUGUGUUUUUGUGCACCCUUCCUUGGUAUUGCCUUGGGGCUUUCAAUGACAAGAAAAGCAAUUUUAAGAAUUCUAUGUGAUUGUUAUGACAAAAUGUGUUGAAAGCUCGAUGCCCUGCCUCCAAAGAUGCAUGCGUGUCAUGCUUUUUAAUGCACAAUGUUUUGUUUUAUGUACUGUUUUAUCUCUGUUUGGACCCCAGGGAGAGAAGCUGCUGCCUUGGCAACAGCUAAUGGGGAUAUUAAUGAAAUACUAAAUACUUUGCAUUCAGUGAACUUUGAAACACAUUACCCAUAAUGUCAGGACACUAGGCUAUGUAUGUAUCCCUAAAGGAUCCUGUAAUGGGAUUGUCCCACUCAUGUCAAUGUCCUCUUUUCUAUCAGAAACUUUGAGAAACUAUUUCUCGCAGUAUGGGGAAGUAGUUGAUUGUGUCAUCAUGAAGGACAAAACCACGAAUCAGUCGCGGGGCUUUGGUUUUGUCAAAUUCAAAGACCCCAACUGUGUCGGGACUGUACUGGAGACCAAACCCCAUAAUCUCGAUGGCAGAAAUGUGAGUAUGCACUUUGCAGCUUGAAUAAGGAAAGUCAAAUAUGUGUGUCUUAUCAAUUAUGCCUUUUUUAAAGUGUUAGAAUAAUUAAGCACUGCAUGGGAAUGUGGACUUUUUCACUGAAGUAUUACACAGAGAUGAUAGUCUGUGCAAGAGCAAGUAGUAGUGAACCCAUAACACGCACUGGUAUCUUCAGAAAACAUAAGGCUGGCUCUCUGAAGGCCAUCCAUGGACAUGAAAGCAGGCUGUUUGCCAAACAAGUGUUGCCUGUUCAGAUGCCUAUUAGUUGAACUAACAUGUAACUGCAGUGGGCUGGACAUGACAUGCUUCAUUUGCAGACAGUGCGUUUUGCUACAAGUUGCUCAAUGCAGCAAUAUGAAUAGGUCAAUUUUGCCAUAGUGAAGGUCAUUCUCUUGUAAUUAAACUUUGACUUAUCAUAAUGUGAAUUGUAUAACACGUAAUUUGUCAUUUGUAUGUGGCCUUAUUGGGUGGGCUAAUUCACCAGAUAAAUUGGAGGGAACAUUUGAAGGUGCUUUUUCAUUGAAGGGUGAGAUGUACAAUUUCAUUCCUUGCCUUCAGAUUGAUCCCAAGCCAUGUACUCCCAGAGGAAUGCAACCUGAAAAAGUACGAACUAAGGACGGCUGGGUAAGGAGCGUAUUUUAUUUUGUGGGGGCUACAUGUGUCCGCUAUAGAAAUAGGGCACCAAGCCUCGGUAGAAUGGAUUAAAUUGUAUCCUUUUUGUCCUUUGAUAAGCUGAGGUCCUAUCUGCCGCUAGAAAUCUCAUCUGUCACACUGAGGCUUAUUGCUGUUAAAAUGACUUCUGCUAAUGAGCUUAAAAUUUAAUUGUUAGACUAAGUGAUUCAGUAAAAAGUACCUAAUGGCAGUCAGGCUACCUCUGGCGAGCACAUGGAGGGCUGUGCGGCCCCCCAAAGAAAUGCCACCCCACACCAUGACUGACCCACCGCCAAACCGGUCAUGCUGGAGGAUGUUGCAGGCAGCAGAUCGUUCUCCACGGCGUCUCCAGACUCUGUCACGUCUGUCACAUGUGCUCAGUGUGAACCUGCUUUCAUCUGUGAAGAGCACAGGGCGCCAGUGGCGAAUUUGCCAAUCUUGGUGUUCUCUGGCAAAUGCCAAACGUCCUGCACGGUGUUGGGCUGUAAGCACAACCCUCACCUGUGGACGUCGGGCCCUCAUACCACCCUCAUGGAGUCUGUUUCUGACCGUUUGAGCAGACACAUGCACAUUUGUGGCCUGCUGGAGGUCAUUUUGCAGGGCUCUGGCAGUGCUCCUCCUUGCACAAAGGCGGAGGUAGCAGUCCUGCUGCUGGGUUGUUGCCCUCCUACGGCCUCCUCCACGUCUCCCGAUGUACUGGCCUGUCUCCUGGUAGCGCCUCCCUGCUCUGGACACUACGCUGACAGACACAGCAAACCUUCUUGCCACAGCUCGCAUUGAUGUGCCAUCCUGGAUGAGCUGCACUACCUGAGCCACUUGUGUGGGUUGUAGACUCCGUCUCAUGCUGCCACUAGAGUGAAAGCACCGCCAGCAUUCAAAAGUGACCAAAACAUCAGCCAGGAAGCAUAGGAACUGAGAAGUGGUCUGUGGUCACCACCUGCAAAACCAGUCCUUUAUUGGGGGUGUCUUGCUAAUUGCCUAUAAUUUCCACCUGUUGUCUAUUCCAUUUGCACAACAGCAUGUGACAUUUAUUGUCAAUCAGUGUUGCUUUCAGUUUGAUUUCCCAGAAGUGUGAUUGACUUGGAGUUACAUUGUGUUGUUUAAGUGUUCCCUUUAUUUUUUUGAGCAGUGUAUAUAUACUAAGAUGAUAUGUACAGCAGAAGAUAUUACAGUGAGCUAUGUCAAGAUUCAAUUAUAUAAAUACAGGUGGUAUAAACAGUGUAACAAAAAUGCAACGUACAGUAGUAGAGAUAUUAGAAUGAUCUAUGUGAAGAAUACACUAUAUGAAUACACAGUGUGAAAAACAGUAUAAAAGAAAUGGUCCAGUGUUUAAUGUCUUUAUAUACAUGGGACAGCAGCGUUGGGUGUGGGUGAGUCUAUCUUUGUCUCUUACUACAGGAGUACUACUCACUUACUACAGAGGAUGGUGUGAUGGCUGUUCAACAGCCUGAUGGCCUGGAGAUAGAAGCUGUUUUUCAGUCUUUUGGUCCUGGCUUUGAUGCACCUGUACAGAUUCUCGAUCUGGCUUUGAGAUCCCAUUCUUUGUUUCAGAAGGGCAGCAAAGCUGACAGCAAUAAAUCAAAGAAGAUAUUUGUCGGCGGAAUCCCCCAUAACUGUGGUGAACCUGAACUCCGGGACUAUUUCAAUAGAUUUGGAGUGGUAAGUCCUGUUAAAAUGGUGUAUACUGUAUUGUAUAGCUUUUGUAUUAAGAAAUGUUUCUUAAUACCUAAAACAGCUUAAAUGUGUUGACCACGAUCCAAUACAGGAACUGCUUAUUGGAAGACUACAGGAAAAGUAGUAUUUUCUGUUAAAAUGCCAUCAAUAUGAGGAGAGGAUAUUGAUAUAAUGUGUUAGUUUUCCAACAAAGAUGCAUGCAAUGGCAAUAAUAGCGGGUUUUUUCUGUAUCCUAAUGCAGCCCAUUUUCUCCUUUGUUUAAGGUCACAGAGGUGGUAAUGAUCUAUGACGCGGAGAAACAGAGGCCCCGAGGUAAAAGCUGAUCCCGUUUUUCUCUUCCAUACCUCCCAUCUCUAAAUCUCAUGACAAACUAUUCUGCCCCAAAGAGAAUAAGUGCAUUCAAUCCCCCCUCCCCCUCACCCUCAAUUAUAACUAGACCCCCCUGCGUCUUCUGGUGGAACAUCUUGUUCGUCGUUCAUUCACAGGCUUUAUAAUGGAUGCCACCCUUAAAUACUGAAAGCUUUCCCCGUGCAGUCAUAUUUACAUGGUGAGAAAGUUGAGAUGACAUUGGCAUGAAUUUCAAACAUCUUCCCUUGACUUUGUGUGACCGGAUCAGCUUUUGAUGUUUUCGUUCUAUUUAGGGACAUGCUAACACACUAGUAAUACAUGUAGUUUGAAAUAAAUUAGCUUCAUCAUGAUGACUAUACAAUAUCUUGAUAUCAGUUUAGAUGGCUUAUGUUCUGAUUUUUAUUUUUUUGGAUUAUUUACGGUGCAUGAAAUAGAUUGAAAUAAGACAAACUUUGACCAUUUGAAUAAAGUGUUAACAUUCCUCUUUUUGGAGUACAUUGAGUUAAAUGCUGAAAUGGCAGAACUUCACCAGCGUAGUGCUAGAAAAAAAAAAAAAUGUUAGGGCCCUAUAAAAUCUGCAAUAUGGAAAACGUGGACGCAAUCCAGACAAUAAAUUGGAAUUCAACGAUAUAACUUUUUUGGUAGGGAAUAAACUACAUGUAUUGAAUUAAUUAAUUAGCACAAGUUCAUCAUAAGACAUGAACAGAAUUAAUCAGUGAUUCGUAUUUCCUGCAACUUUCUGAAGAGUCAACGAGAAUUCCCCGUCUGUGCGGUGCGCGUACCUACCAUUUUGUUUCACCGUUAGCGACGAUGCUAAUGAAAAAUCUUCUGAUAGAUGGAAAGGCUUUCCCAAAAACCUUCUCAAUUAAAUGUUAACUACAAGUAGCCUAUGCUUACCUGGCAGAAUGAUAUAUCAUGAUUAUUUGCAUCAAUCCAGUUUGCACUACAAAAACAUCACUGAAUAGCCUCUUGCUAGGUGCUCACUGGAAUUAAAGGGUAACUACACCCAAAAAUAGACAUUUUUCCCAGACCUCAAGUGGUCUCCUGAUGUUGUUUAUGCAGUGUUGUGGACUUAGAACAUCCAGUUUAGUUUUUUCUAUUAGUGUGAUUUUGAGAGGGAAAACCUUAAAAAACUGGGGGAAAACUGAAACCUGGGGGUGGGGAAAAGAAUUCCUAUGGCCCUAAAUUAUGCAGAUGUUGGAUGUUGUUCACUUUUUCAUUAUUCCAGAGUCGGUUCACAUUUUUGAAAUUGUUUUAAGUGGAAGUCCUUACUCUGUUCUAUCUGUUAAAUUAGUUGAGCUGCGUUUACACUGGCAGCCCAAUUCUGAUAUUCUUUCCACUAAUUGGUUUUUUCACCAACCACAUCAGAUCUUUCCACAUCAGCUCUUUUUCAGAGCUGAUCUGAUUGGUCAAAAGACCAGAAUUGAUCAGAAUUGGGCUGCCUGUGUAAACGCACACCUAGAAUGACAAGACAAGCAUGGGUGGAUGUAGAUUAGUCUGGUCAGUUAGCGCAGAACUGUUUAGCCUAGAUAUAGGCUACAUUAGGUUGGUCAGUUUGCUCAGAGCUGAUGCAGCAGUCAAUGACUCACAUCAUUUAUUACCCCUCUUCUACUUCAGUACCCAUUGAUCUCUUUGGGGAGACAAGCAGAAUAUUUUGUCAUCCGAAUUUACACGAUGAUACACAGCAAUAACAUUAACAUAAUCAAGCAUAAUACCCAGACUUUUCUUUUACUAAAACACUUUUAAGCUAAGUUUCCUUUCGUUUAAUUUAGACUUCUUAUUUUUUUUUUAAAAAAAAUAAUAUAUAUAUAUAUAUAUAAGUGUUUUCCCAUAUGUAGAAAGUGAAGUAUUUUUGUAAGUAUAAGCCCUUUCUAUUUUUCUUUUCCUGUCCUCCUUCUCCUUGUGAAUGGUUUUAAUGUGAUUAACGGUGUCUCUUAAGAUUUGUCUUCUCUUUUAGGUUAUUGUGUACUGAGUGGUAUCACAGAGGUACAGGCCAGAUGUUUGAACCAAAAAUGGAAUGUGCAGGCUGUCAAUUUGGGGUGUAUACAAAGUUUAGAUUCAUCAUGGUUAUGAACUUAGUUUUUUUGCACUGAGCAUGACUUUGGGUUUUUGACACCUUUUUUUGAAAGAUUGUCUAGGAAUGUUUGCUUGCAAAUGCUGAAACUAAGUUUUGAAUCUAGAUUAAGGACAGGUCAUCGAUGGAUGAUAUUUAUAGUUGUAUAUCAGGCGGCUUGGGAAUGCUUUAAAUAAUAUUAGAGGUUUCAAAAUCUCAGUUGUCUCAAAGGACAUUUAAUUGGAAUCAGGUUAGGUCCCAGAGUGGAGAUUUUCUCACAACCCAAUUCUGCCACUGGUAUGACUUUAUCAAAAUGAAACUGGUUCAGUGUAUUGGGCUAUUGCUGCUGCAUAACUGAAGUACUGUGAAAAGUUUAUCACCACAACAAAUCACCAGACUUUAUCAGAACCAGGACAUUUGCCAAUGUUGGGCUCCUAAAUGUACAAUUCAAUGAAGGAUUCAAUUACAGUGCUGUAUAUUCAUAGGUUCAGCUAGAGCAACUUGUAAUAUCAUGUAGGAACUGUAGUCAAUGGGCUUAAUGGUGUUUUUGCUAGAUAUUGGUGCAUUGUUGGUGUUAGAAACAUAAGCAUUUCGCUGCACCUGCAAUGACAUCUGCGAAACUGUGUACGCCACCAAUAAACACUUAGAUUUUAUUUGUUUGAAUAACAUCGGAUCUAUGCAGUUCAAUGGAAAGCUAUGCGAGGCUUCAGUCAGUCCCUUAUCAAAGCCUUCAUUUCAGUGUUUUUGUUUUAUACAGUAAGUGUUGAAUCCUUACACCAUUGGGUUUUUCACCAUGUUUGAAGGGAACUUUGUUUAUCCCCCAUGCAAACUCUUGACAGCAUCAUUAGUUGUUACUUACACAUUCAGAAGACAAAAUGGCCUAUAUCUUUGUGUUGCUGUUGUAAGCAAUAUUGUAAUUUUCCAUUUAGGCUUAUCCUGGCUGACUCUAAACAUAAAACCAAAUUUGGGAAAGCUUGGAAAAAGCUUUAGACAUUGUACAGUUUCUUUUUCUCCAUUUUUUUUGUUAUGCAUUAACAAUGGAUGCUGCCAGUUUGUGCUGCACAGCAAUAUACCAAGGGGCAGAUCAAGUUGGGGUUUGGAUGAAAUGAAGUAACAUCAAUACCACUGGUCCAAUUGGCACCCAAUGCAUAAAUGAAUGCUCUGAGACCACUCAAGUGUGUCAUGAAAUCUAUAUAGUUUUCAUAUUCCUCAGUAGUUCCACUGACUGCACUGGAUAUAAAUAUAUUACAAUGAUAUAGAAAUUACAUUUUCAAACCCCUAUAUAAUAAAUGAAUACAGUACAAGGAGACUUUGCUAUGUUAGAAGUAAAAAAACAACAACUGAAACCCUAGUUAGUUGAGCAUGGAAAGGAUUGGUGCAAAGUUUAUCUUGGAUGAUACAAGUGCCUCAGCCCUCAAACGUCAGCUUGUGUAUUGCUGCAAGUCAGCGACAUCAUCUGAACCCCAGGAGCCUCCAGCUCAGUCUUGAUGGAUCCCUGUCUUGCUGAGCCCAAUACUGUUCUUCAUCUUGUGUUGUCACAACACCCUGCUACCUUGAUUCACUCUUGGUCGUUGGCUAGGUUUUGGAUUUAUUACUUUCGAGGCCGAACAAUCAGUGGACCAGGCUGUCAACAUGCAUUUUCACGACAUCAUGGGCAAAAAAGUGUGUAGUUGUAGUUUUAUUUUACCCUCAAGAUCAAACUGAGGCUUGGGCGACAGGAAGCAUUGUUUGGCACUGUUAACGUUGAGUUACAGCUCUUAUUUUCAGGGGCCACCAAAAUAAGGUUGAAGGCCUAAAGCUCUUUUAAACUUCAUAUUUUAAUGACAUGGCUGAAGAUCGCUGAUAUGUGGUACUCCAAAGGUUUUCCUAAAAGAUCAGGUCACAAUGUUUUUUCUGGAUCACAUAACAUUUCAAUGGCCUGGUUGACCUUACUCGGUCACCCCUCCUGAAAUAUUAGUGACAACUUCUGUAGUCGCCCAAGGCUUUGUUUAUUUUGACCUCUCCUUUAGGUUGUAAAAGGUAUUCCAUAUCUUACUUCAAACAAUACUUGCUCUGGCUUUGGAGAUUUAAGGGAGUGGCCAGUUUUGGAUCAUAUAAUGGGAGAUGAGUUUAGCCUAAAACGCUUUAUUUUACCACAAAGAAAUCACCUAAAGGAUUGGUCUUGUUCCUUUUUCUUUUUUGAUUGUUUUGUUGGCAGGUCACUUACUUUUUGAGUUAUUUGAUAUAUUUCCUUGUCAACUUAAAAAUAACAACCUAAAUUAAGUGACCUCAGUUUAAGAAUCUCCAUACAGUGUCGAUCACAUCUAAGAACCAAAAUGUGUGCCUGAAGCCACAGUUCUGUGAUACCAGUAGUUUAUUUUUAAAUUGUCAUUAAUGAUUUGCUUCUGAAACAACUUGGAAAAUGUGCAGUCAAUAGUGUGAUUUUACCCCCCCCCCCCAAACGAGGACACAUAACGUCUUAGUCUUUGAUUGAAAGAGAACAUCUAAAUGUCCACAUGGACAAUGACAUAUGUACCCAUUUUUCAUAGUUUACAUUUUUUUGACCUCCAUUAAAAUUAUGAACUCAACCCAUGUCUGUUCAUAAUUGAUGUAUGAGACCCUACCUACAUUCUGCUAUCCUCUUACUGACUCUCCUUGACUGUCCUGAUUUCCAGCAGGAAUCGGACAUUUACAUGAUCUUGAGUUGACAUUACCUUGGGCUUUGACUUGAGGGAGUUAGGGGGAUAUAAGUUACAAAAUUAGAAAGUGGAGCAUGUCAAACUGUGGGACAAAUCCCUGUUCUGCUGUUGGGUAGUGUAUUGAAGUCAUGGUAUCCAUCACUCCCAGCCACGAUGCCCGCGGGAGAAGACCCAUGUAGCUGUGCUAUAGGCGGAGGGCCACUCGUGGAAACAUGCUUGUAAUUAGGUCGACAGAGAAGGAAGAGGCGAGGCAAAGAAAGUGGCACCACCUUAAAGCAGAGUAAAUAUUGAGAUUCAUUUUUCCUCAUGCAAGGUGACCCCAAUAACUCAACCUCGAUAGAGCCUAGUCUAUUUCUGUCUAGUACUCCCCCCCCCCACCUAGUUUUAAACCCAUUUUUCGCUCUGGUAAACUGCUGGUAUCUCUGUGGCUGGCUAGCUACAACAAGUGCUACUAUUUUAUAGGGCAGAUAAUGGCUGGUAGCCUCACAAGCCAUCUGGUGUGAUACAAAAUAAUUGGCUUUUCAACCUCAUUGAACAAUAGUCCAGUCCAAUAGCAAGUGCUUCUGUUCUGUGUGAGCAAAUCAGAUGGGUAUUGGUCAAUUAAGCACCAUUGCAAUUUUCUCCAUUAUCUGACACGGUAUGAAGAUUCAUUUCUAAAUUGACUUAUGACUGUCCAUUUGUAUUAUCUGCAUGUUUUACCUCUUAUUCUGAUAGAUAUGAUACACAUUUCUUUCUACAUCCAUCUCCCUCUGAAAUUCUACUACAAGUUAAAUAUAAUUGAGAUUCUUUAAACGUUAGCUGGGAAAAGGUAAGUCUUUACCUUCCAAUAUAUGUUUUUAUCAAAAUUAAAGGGCACAAAAACAGGAAAUAGGAAUAUGUUUCUCAGAUAGACAGAUUGUAAAAUUACUGACAUUUUUUGCACCAUUUAAAGCAAUUGCUAUUAUUUUAUGCUCUAUUCAAAAUGAUUUAACCAACAAUUAAGCAAUGUCUAAUUGUGACUGAAGUACCUGAGAAACAUAUUGUUAAGCAACUCCCCUUAAAAAGUAUCUAUCUGCGUUAGGCAGAAGUGUAUUGGCCCAGAUAAGAUGUAAAACUGAAACCCUCUCAAGCUGAUAUGUUAAAGAGAAAUAUUAGUAAUGGGUGAGAUCAGGUAAGGAAUGUAUUUUGGUGAUAAACUUCUGGUCUUGCAAAUUGUGCUCUCCUUAUCCUUUGUCCAGGUGGAAGUGAAAAAGGCUGAACCUCGGGACAGCAAAGCUCCUGGCCAACUUGAACCUAACCAAUGGGGACCCAGAGGCAUCCUGAGUGCAGCCAAUGGUUGGUCGGCACAGCCUGCCCAGGGCUGGCAGCAGAGUUAUGGCCCUCCUGGUGAGUGGGAGACCAGCCAGAGCAGAGAACACAACUCGUUCUCUCAGACCAGGAAAAUGACAUUCUAUUAUACCUAGGAGAAAGAUGGUAUUGGAAACCGUUAAAAUGCCUGAUGCCUUUUGUUAUAUUAACAUUGUAUUUCUAGGUCCGCAUUGAAACUUUACUUUGAGGAAUGAUCAACGUACUGACUGUACAGUACUGUAGUUACAAAUUACAUAUUGAGGAAUUGGUUUUGUGCCAGCAUAAAUAUACUCAAAUAUUUUCUCUUUUGAAGGAGUCUGGGUGUCUACAGGCCAGCCCUUGGGUACGUUUAGUCUUUGAAUCACUUUACUUUUUCGGACAUUUCUCACUAACUUGCUUUUUAAAAUAGUAAGCUAUUGUCUUGUAAUGGUUAACUUAUCAAGAAAGUAUUGUGUCAUAGACAUUGCCUUGCACUUUUAUAUUUUAUGUAUUGACCAAUUGGGUUAAGCACCAGUGUUCUCACGGUGUCAGCUGGAAUGGCUGAGGGCACUCUGAUAAUUUCCGUCUAGAGACAGAUAAUGGACUUAUUAUCAUUAUUCUUAACUCUCUUCACCCUUCCUUAAGUCUUAUAUCAUACAACCCCAAACCACCCCAGCGGUGAAAAUGAUAUCUAAUAUACAGUGUCUACUGACAGUGGGUUUCAACCAGGAUAUAUCCAAGACUGAAAAUGUACCAAUAGACACCUGUCAUCAUGUGUUCAGUAGCUGUUGUGUUCUGUCUGACUCAGGUGGGUACGGACCCCCUUUAUCUGUGGGCCGUGGAGCUCCCGCCCAGCCCCCCUCACCGUUCAACGCAUUCCUCGUCACAACGACCCCGGCGGGGGGUUUUGGGGCACCUCAGGCCUUCGCUCAGCAGGGAUACAGCACACCACCUCAGUUUGGUCAGUAUCUGCACUGUAUUGUCAUAAGAAAAGCAUUUUUCUAUUCAUGUAAAUGGAUUUGUUUUCAUAUUGCCAAUAUUGCAAUAAACAAUAUUGUUAUGCCCUCAAAAAUUAUUACAGCGUUUUGUAAAAAAUAACAAUCAUUGCUUUAUGAAGAAUGUUUUUGCCAAAUGUACAAAUUCCUCCUCAAGAAACUCAAAUAACAGUGCGAGUUUCAAAUGCAGGCAUCGUUAAAAGUCAGGUCAAACUGAGGAAAAUAAUUGUUAUUUCAACACCAGCUUUGUCGUGAAAAAAUUAAUAGCUGGUCUGCAGCACUAACAGUAAUGUAACGGCAACAGUAACACAUGUUUAGAGUUCUCAAAUAUUUUUUAGUUAUCUUCACAAGAACGUUAAUAUCGUCUUCACAAUAUAUAAUUUUUUUAUACUGCCAAUGUAUGAUUACAUCCUAACAUCGUCCAACCCUACUGCCUAGGCUGACAAUGGUUGUUGUAUGAUUAUUUAGAUUAUAAUAAAAUGAAAAUAUAUCAUACCGGUGAUCUUUCAUAGUUCGGAAUGUACAACAUUAUAACUACUCUUCCAUCUGGCACUGGUUUAGGGUACACUUUUGGCACACCUCAAGGUGAGCAGUAUGCCCUACAAGGAGUGCCACCCCCGCCCACGACUCCGGUAACAGGGCCGCUAGGGUUUGUUCCAGCCACCACACCUACUCAGGACAUCAGCAAAGCACCCACGGGACAGCCAGACUUCCCUUACAGCCAAUAUGGUAAGUAGAGCCUCCAUGCAGUCCUCAGCCCCACCCUCUACCUUGCUGUUAUUAUGGCUUAUACUGGAUAGAUCCAUUUUGUUGGAUGCUUUAUUGGGUCAAACAACCCGUCCUCCCUAGCCAAAGCUCAUUACUACAACCCUAAAACAAGCAGGAGCUUGCCCCUUUGGUACCAUGUAGCUUUAACGACAUCACAUGCAUACACACGCUUGCAUACAUACCCCCCCCCCCCCCGGCUUGGCCAUGAAGAUGCCAUAGAAGUCCCACCAUACCCAGGACUCUUCAGUGUCACCCUUUUCAGAAUAUUCCAGGUAGGGCUGUGUAAUGAUGUGGAUGGGUAACCAAUGAUGGGUUUGAAUUAGAUCAUCCUGCCUCGCAAUGUUGUUUUUGAGAGGAGUUGGAAUGCCCACCAAACUGCAGACAUACCUAGGAAGAUACUAUAUUUUACUGGCAAAGGUUACAGGCAGUUUGACCAAUUGUUCCCUUUUUGGUAUUGACUUGGCUGGCUUUUCUCUCCUGGCAUGAGCUCCAUGGUGUCAAUGGAUCCUGCACAUAAUAUUUAUCCUGAAAGUAAUUGGUCUGAAACCUAUCUUUCCCCGCAAACAAAUAUGAAAGCUGUUCUGAGAAGACUCAAGGCAAUGCAUCAGUAUGCAAUGUAUCAGGAUUUUUUUCGAUUCCUCUCCAAUUAUACUUAUUGUACCAAGUUGGGUACAAAUAAAUCCAGCAUUGUCAUCAACUGAGGGGCUCUUGCAUGAGGUCUCUUCCUCCUUAGUAAACAAAAUGCCUUGGUAAGUCCUUGCUUUUUGAAAAGUUCAUUUAUGUUGCUUAGUUAGUUCAUUCUGUCUGCCCCCUCCUCGUCCCCAAUGGCAUUUGUCCUUAGUGAACAAAAAACUGUGGGGAGAGACAGACCUAGAUAUCUUGUUUAGUUAAUGGCUCGUACACAGUACAGUGCAUUUGGAAAGUAUUCAGACCCCUUGACUUUUUCCACAUUUUGUUACGUUACAGCCUUAUUCUAAAAUGGAUUAAAUGUUUUUCCUCAUCAAUCUACACACAAUACCCCAUAAUGACAAAGCGAAAACAGGUUUUUAGACAUUUUAGCAAAUGAAUUAAAAAUAAAGUACAUAAAUACCUUAUUUACGUAAGUAUUCAGACCCUUUGCUAUGAGACUCGAAAUUGAGCUCAGGUGCGUCCUGUUUCCAUUGAUCAUCCUUGAGAUGUUUCUACAACUUGAUUGGAGUCCACCUGUGGGAAAUUCAAUUGAUUGGACAUGAUUUGGAAAGACACACACCUGUCUAGAUAAGGUCCCACAGUUGACAGUGCAUGUCAGAGUAAAAACCAAGCCAUGUGGUCGAAGGAAUUGUCCGUAUAGCUCCGAGACAGGAUUGUCGAGGCACAGAUCUGGGGAAGGGUACCAAAAAAUGUCUGCAGCAUUGAAGGUCGCCAAGAACACAGUGGCAUCCAUCAUUCUUAAAUAGAAGAAGUUUGGAACCACCAAUACUCUUCCUAGAGCUGGCCGCCCAGCCAAACUGAACAAUCGGGGGAGAAGCGCUUUGGUCAGGGAGGUGACCAAGAACCCGAUGGUCACUCUGAAAGAACUCCAGAGUUCCUCUGUGGCGAUGGGAGAACCUUCCAGAAGGACAACCAUCUCUGCAGCACUCCACCAAUCAGGCCUUUAUGGUAGAGUGGCCAGACGGAAGCCACUCCUCAGUAAAAGGCACAUAACAGCCCACUUGGGAGUUUGCCAAAAGGCACCUAAAGACUCUCAGACCAUGAGAAACAAGAUUCUCUGUUCUGAUGAAACCAAGAUUGAACUCUUUGACCUGAAUGCCAAGAGUCACGUCUGGAGGAAACCUGGCACCAUCCCUAUGGUGAAGCAUGGUGGUGGCAGCAUCAUGCUGUGGGGAUGUUUUUCAGCGGCAGGGACUGGGAGACUAGUCGGGAUCGAGGAAAAGAUUAACAGAGCAAAGUAAAGAGAUACUUGAUGAAAACCUGCUCCAGAGCGCUCAGGACAUCAGACUGGGGCGACGGUUCACCUUCCAACAGGACAACGACCCUAAGCACACAGCCAAGACAACGCAGGAGUGGCUUCAGUCCAAGUCUCAAUGUCCUUGAGUGGCCCAGCCAGAUCCCGGACUUGAACCCGAUCGAACAUCUCUGGAGAGACCUGAAAAUAGCUGUGCAGCGACGCUCCCCAUCCAACCUGACAGAGCUUGAGAGGAUCUGCAGAGAAGAAUUGGAGAAACUCCCCAAAUACAGGUGUGCCAAGCUUGUAGCGUCAUACCCAAGAAGACUCGAGGCUGUAAUCGCUGCCAAAUGUGCUUCAACAAAGUACUGAGUAAAGGGUCUGUAUACUUAUGUAAAUGUGAUAUUUCUGUUUAUUUUUAAUACAUUUGCAAAAAUGUCUUUACCUGUUUUUGCUUUGUCAUUAUGGGGUAUGGUGUGUAGAUUGAUGAGGGAAAUAAACAAUUGAAUCCAUUUUAGAAUAAGGCUGUAACGUAACAAUGUGGGAAAAGUCGAGGGUAGAAUACUUUCCGAAUGCACUGCAUAAGUUGUAUAUAUCCCUGUAACUGUCAGUUGUGAGAUUCCCAUCUUGUUCAGUGUUUCAUGCUUGUGCUUUGCCUACCCAUCCUGCUCUUUCCCGUUAGCAUUAGCUGCCUACUUUAGAAUCAUUUAGUAAGGUAACCAUAGGCAGCAAAGGGCAUUAGCAAGUAGCCCCCCAUUCACCUUAUGUGUUUGUAAUUCCAGAUGGAUGUGUGCAGUGAUGGUAGGAGUCUAAGAGCAAUCAGAGGGAGUACAGUUAUUUAGUGUUAAGCCAAGCCCUAGUGCCAGGUCUAAGAAGGGGACAAUGUUAAAGUAAAGUAGACUGUCUGGGUUACGUCAACCUAGUCUCCUCGUCUCCCUGAUAGGCUUGAGUAUCUACCCUCAGGAGCCCUCUUCCUACGGACCAACGCGUCCUUCUCACAGUAAUGGUCAGGAUGUGCAGGGAGGAAGUAGUGCAGGUAGGUGUGAGCAUUGUCUUUUCCAACCACCAAAAGUACAGUUCUAUAUGUAGUCGUAUAGCUGCUACGUCAAUGUUCCUUUGCGUCCCUUUCCCCUGUAUGUGCUUUUGUAUGUUUGUGCAUACAAAGUACAUACUUCUAGAGUAUACUAAAAUACAGCUACAGUAUUCAAUGAUUUGAGAUUGAGAUCUUUUUGAAUGACCUAAUCUCAUGGUAUGAAAAAUCUGCUUUAUUUUAGAUCCAGAAUAAUAAAACAAUGAACAGGGUUACAUGCCUGUUGAAUGUUAACACGUCUCAUUUCCUAGUGUAGCUGUAGUUUAUUAUACCAACAACACCUGGUCCUCAGAUUUUUUUGUCCACUCUGCCUUGCUUUGCCGGUAAAAAAUAUGAUCUAAUUGACUAAAUGUGUUCAUGGUAUAAUAUGUUUAACAUUUUCAUUUUGCUCUCUGUUGUUGAAAGUGUUAGCAGUCAAUUCACUUGCUGUUUUUCCAAUAUGCCAUCUCCUUUUGACAGCUAAAAGAUGAUAAUCAGAGGAAAGAUUGUAUGAAGAAACAAACACUUGUGGCUGGUGAAUGAAUACCCCAUUUCUAUUUGAUUUCUCAGGUCAUAUUAAGUCUCUGCUCUUCCAAAUUUUUCUUCCAGCCUUGUAGUGCUUUGAGCACCUUGUGGGAAAGUUUGCUUGUAUUCUUCUAUAAUUUCUGUUUCAUUUAUUUUCUUUUUUCGUUACUCUGUACUGUCCGACAUGAGUUGCAACUGUUCAGCCUGAUCUGCACUGAAUGUCUAUGCAGUUCCCUGCUUCUCCGACUACAGUGGAUUGCAGGGAGAUGGAGCCACCCAGUGUCUAUUAAAAAACAAAACAAAAACUUUGCAUGUGGGACUAACAACUGAAUAAGCAUUUGUUAUACUGUUUUCCUUUUGUUGAAUCCUCUAACAGUUCAGAUUACAUCUUUGAAUCCUCAAAAUAAUAUACCAAUUGAUUUACACUGGAAGCGUUCAGUCUUAACUGGCUAACCAAACUCAGAAUUUUGGGUCAUGGAGGCUCAUGAAGGAAGGAAGACAAUAUUUAACAUGAACAUUAAAAAGCCCUGAAACUAUGAUCAAUGCUGUAUUUAUUUUGGGUAAAAUAAGGGACUUUCACUCAGCUGGUUGGUAUCUGUUUGGUAAUGAGCGCCAUUUAUGAUCGUGAUAAUGAACCUCUCUUCCCUGUUCUCCACCCACCCGCACAGGUUAUGGUCAGGACCUGAGUGGAUUUGGCCAUACUUUCGCAGACCCCAGCCAGCAGACUGCUUCAUACGGGGCACCAACAGCACAACCGGCGGCGGGCCCUCAGCCUACAGCAGCCGUUUUUGCUCGAGGACAGAAUCACAACGUAACGGGCUUCCAUCCAUACAGGCGCUGAGAGUCUCCAACCGCCACAGCGCUCAGUUCUAAAGUCAGGGAAAUGUGUUCUGGUCAUAAGCAAAACUGGAUUUCUGUGUUUUUGUUUGGAACACAAAAAAUUGACACAAUUUGGGAAAAAAGUGAACUCUCAUAAAACCAGGGAUUCCAAUUACUUAUGUUACAAUGUCACUUGAUGUAAAAGUUGAUAAGACUUUUGCAUAACCUUCCUUUCAAAUGUUGAAAUGAAAUAACCUUUGUUUCUCCCCACAUGUUUUAUAGUAGGACUUAACUACUUUGCAAUAGGUUUUGAUUGUCUGGUCAAACAUUAGCACAGAGAAUAUGUGUGUGUGUGUGUG